CCAAUCUUGCUACCAUUGUCAAUUAAGUAUCUUCCCACUCCACUUCAUGUCAUCCACAUAUAUACAUAUGUAUAAAUGCACACAAAUGUGAGAACAUAAAUAGAUUCGUCUAGUGUGUAUAUUUGUGAGCUCGUUCUUUUUUAAAUAACAGGGCAUACUGCAAGUGAUCGUUUUUUAAAAAAUAUCCUCCCCUACAUUAAUUAAGACAGUUUUUUACGGAAAACAUUACCUAGGAUUAAAUAUAAUAAACUACUUGACAAUCAUACUGCAUUAAUAGUAAAAUAAAAAGUUUAUUGUAGAAAUGGGUUGGUCUCGUCCGCCUGGUGAUCCAAGAGUAUGGUGUACGGUAGAAUCUGUUAAUGCAGAUGGAAAAAAACUUAAAUUUAUUAUUCAAGAAAUACCUCCAGACCGAUACGAAGAAGCUUUAGAUCAUCUUUGCACUGUUUUUAUUUCAAGUGAAGCUAUAUGCUCAAGUAUAAAUUUGAUAGAUGAUCCAGACUCAGUCGCUGAACUUCGUGCUUUUUGGAAAACGGCUCUUGAUCAAGGAAUUACAAUUGGUGCAUUUGAAGCAGAUGAAAACAAUCGAAUAUCUGCAUUAGCUGGAUUAAAUGUGCUUAUGGUUGAGGAUAAAGAUUCUGACAAAACAAUUGUACCGGUUACGGAAACUAUGUCGAGAAGUGAAAAGCUUCUCAAUUUUAUGCACAACCUUUCUGUAGAAGUUGAUUUCUGUAAAAAAUGGAGUGUCGAUUAUUAUUUAUCUGCUGCUGGAUUAGAUGUAGAUCCACAUUAUCGUCGACUAGGAUUAGGCACUCAUCUUUUACUAGCGAGGGAUAAAAUUGCUUGUGCAUACAACAUUCCAGUUACUUCAACAUUUUUUACUUCACCAAUCGCACAAAAAGCGGCUAUAAAUGCCGGAUUCAGCGUAUUCUUAGAUCGCAGAUGGAAUGACAUUACUGAUGAACAAGGAAAUGUAAUAUUUCCCGGACUUGGAGAAACUUGUUGUAAAGUAAUGGAGAAAAAACUUUUAUAAAGUAAUUUAAAAAUA